AACACCGGCGCCGGAAGUAGAAUGAAUCCUCACUUUCCGGGACAACAAACAUGGCGGCGCCCAAGUUGCCCAUGAGUGUGAAAUCCACAGAAAACGAUGGAGAAAUCAGUUUACCACCCAGUAAACGGAGGAAAGAAAAGAGGCUUAUAGUGUUACUGGAGGGAGCUAGCCUGGAGACCGUGAGGGUGGGGAAAACAUAUGAGUUACUGAACUGUGAUCAACACAAAUCCCUUCUCGUAAAGAAUGGAAAAGACCCAGGACAGGUUCGACCAGACAUUACACACCAGAGUUUGUUGAUGCUCCUGGACAGUCCACUAAACAGGGCUGGCUUGUUGCAAGUUUACAUCCACACUCAGCGCAAUGUUCUCAUCGAGGUCAACCCACAGACACGUAUUCCUCGCACCUUCCCCCGAUUCUGCGGCUUAAUGGUUCAGCUACUGCACAAGCUUAGUGUUCGAGCAGCUGAUGGACCUCAGAAACUACUUAAGGUCAUUAAAAACCCUCUGACCGACCAUCUCCCUGCCGGCUGUGUGAAGAUCUCCACUUCCUUCACAGGAGAGAGUGUUUCGUGUGUGCGAGACCUGGUUCCCCAGCACGAACCAAUGCUAUUUGUCAUUGGAGCUUUUGCACAUGGAUCAGUUGAUGUGGAUUACACAGAGCGCUGUGUGUCAAUCAGUCAGUACCCCCUCUCUGCUGCUCUAACCUGCGCCAAGAUCUGCACUGCUUUUGAAGAGGUUUGGGGGGUGCUCUGAAGGAUGUUCAACCCCACAAUUUAAACAGAAAUUUCCAUGUAUAAAUGUAUUUUUUUUUUUUUUUAAAUAAAUCAAAAUAUUGUAUUUCA